AUGGCGAUGUGGGGUCAUCAAGCUGCAUUUCAUGGAGACGUGGUAGUCGAGGAGGCCGGGGAGACAUUGAUGGAGAGGACCGGGCAUGUUGGUGACCGCUGGUCCACCGGUGGUGGAGAUACCGGCUUGGAUGACUUGGUCGGCUUCGGGGACAUGAGGGCAGGUGGCCGUGGAGGUGAGCUGGCGAGCUUCUCAGACCUGGGCCCGUACGUUUUUGUGGGCAUCGUAAGCACUGAAGGCCAAGGCCCCAUCACAGGCUGGGGCGUCAGCGACCUGGGCGCGGGCCCCGGCUUCGGCGCUCCGGCCUUCCACCGGGGCAGCGGCGCCGGCCUGGGUGGCCUGGGUGGCUUCGGAGGCGUUCACUUUGCGGACGCUGAGAGCGAGGACGAGGACUGGUGGGGAGGUUGGGAAGCAGAAGACGAAGGCGAGCUUGGCGAAUGGAAGUGGGCUAUGGUUGUUGUCAAAGAGGGCGAACACAAGAAGAAGACCGGGAUCGUCACGGCCAUCCAUGGCCACUGCCCGCGCCACAAGCACCCCUUGGAGAAGAUGAAGGAAGAUGAUGACCCUUUCGAAGACGAGAAGCCGAAGGAGGAGGACAAGAAGCCAAAGAAGAAGAAAGGUCCUCGACUCGAGUGUGAGAUGUGCAAGGCCGCCAAGAAGAAGGAUAAGGAUGCCAAGCCGGAGGACGACGGAAAGCCCAAGCCAGUGGCCUUCGGCUGCGAGGACUGCAACUGGUACGUCUGCGCGGACUGUCACGGCAAGAAGGGGGAGAAGCAAUGGCAGUGCAUGCUCCAGGUGGACAUACGGGAGGGAAUGGAGGUCCACCGCGAUUGGUUUAAUGUUGAUCACCUCCGGCUUUUUGCCGAAGCCGAAGAUGACAUGGACCUCGAAGAUGAGGAGGAGAACGUGGACGUCAAUCUGGCGAAGAAGUUCUACCCAGACCUGAUCGAGGGCCAGCAAAUCAAGGCCUCGCUCAGCUCCGCCGGGCGUUGGGGCUUCACCCAGCGCUUCAUGUACGAUGCCGUGGUGUCGCGCGUGCAGGAUGACGGCAACUACGACAUCAAGUUCCAUGACCAGCUGCUGGGAGAGAAGAACGGCAUGCCCAUUGAGGAGCUGGAGAGCCUGCUCACCUUCGAAGCCUCCGGACUGGGCCUGGAUCCUUCGAGGUACCUGGCCAUGCCGCUCGAGGGCCUGGCUCCUGGUGGAGCGGGUUCCGGCGAGGACCACGUGAAGUACACGUUGACCCUCGAGCUCAAGCUGCCCGUGCAGAGGCAUUGUCGUUUCCAAAAACGGACGUUGGAUAUCAUCAUCAUCAUCAUCAUCAUCAUCGCCACCAUCACCAUCAUCCAGUCUUGCGAUGCAGCCCGCAGGAGUUAUCCAUCCUAA